AUUCACAUACUCUUCAGUGAACGUUUUCCUACAGUUACUACAGUCACCUGAGAAUGGCACCGGACCAUCUCAACAUCAGGAAAAUUAUGAGGAUCAAACGGGACAGAAUGCAAUAUCUCUGCUGAUUGAGAGCAUUAGCAAUGAGUACUGUAUUAACAAAGCGAUGGUUCUGCGGUAUUAUAGAGCUGAAUGGUGGGGCAACCAUACUUGAAUAAAUAUUUUGUUCUAUGAAGAGCAUUGGAUUGGAUAUUAACAAAGGCAGUGUUUUGAUAAGUAAUAUUACAGCGCCAGGAUGAUUGGUCUUUUCCCCCCGAUGACAUCCUCUUGGCAAAAUAAUUUCUUCCCAUUUGAGACCUGAAUACAACACCAGCACCGCAACUCGCAGUUUUGCUAGCAGGUCCUUUUGGGUGGAUGAUGCUUAACACAACUACAGCGGAAUAUAAUAUAUUAAACAAAAUAUAGUUAAUGACAGUGGAGCAUGUCAGAAAGCAACAUGUUCUUGGAUUCUUUUGGGAGAUAAAUGAGCUUAGUUCGCUCAUUAAAUAAACCUAGCGAUCCUGUCGCUUUUUAAUAAUUGAUGAGGUGUGAGGUGCCUCACUGGAUUUCUGCCUAGCUUGCCUUGUUCAAGCUACUGGGGUUUUUCUUCAAUAACGCAUUUAGCAGACUAGUCUAGUCUAACUAGACCGUUAUAGUCUACAGUUAAUCGCCGUAACCUCCUGCUAAUCUUCAGAUAGAGAGCAUUUGUGUGCGCGUUCGUCGUUUUAUUUUAGUUUCUCGGGUCUAGUUUAAUUUUAAGGUUAGACUAGCACAUUGCCUAACUAAUAUCAACAGCUACAAGAGCUGUGGUCAGCUGGCUAAAGCUAGCUGGGGCGGUACUCAGACAGAUACCGUUAUGUUUGCUAGCUAGCUAAUCACAUUGUUUGGUUUGUCCGGUUCUGUAAUACGAACUACUGUUUUCAGGAAAGGAUGCUAGUUAGCUGGUCGGUAGUUGUGUCCCCUGGAGGAAGGGCUAGCUAGUGAAAAGUUUUUUUUGCUAGCUGGCGAAUCUAGUAGCCUGUUGGCACCUACCUUAAGCAACUAAGCCACUUAAUGUAGCCAGACAAUUUGUAAUGUCUGCCUGUCGUAACCAGCGAUAUUAUUAUUAUUGUAUGUAGACAGAUGCUAGUUGCACAUCAUACCUGUCGCCAUUUCAGAUUGCAUGCAUUUUAUGUUCUUUAUCAAUAGGUUGCUAGCUAGCUAGGUUUGUGUAGGUCGAUCGCUAGCUGUGAUGCUGAGCAGUCUAGCAAGGCGUGUCGAAGCCAAUAUCUGUGAGAAACUCGACCUUGUUGAAUUGACGUAUUUGUUAUAGUUAUCCUUAUCUAGCUAAUAACGGCAUCUUAGCAGCCUGAACAAAUAAAAGAGGAUGAAACGUUGCAAAUCGGACGACUUCACCUCGGUUGUGGACACCAUUAGCCCGACCGAGGGUAGGGCUGGAGAUGAAGAAACGCCGAGUGUGUUUAUCUUGGAGGUGAAACAUGGGGACAACCCGGGGGGCAACCCCGAUUUAAGCAGCACGGCCCCGAGUCAGCAUACUGCGUUGACGAGGAGUAAACCACCCGAUUUAAAGAAGAUCCAGCAGCUGUCGGAAGGCUCCAUGUUUGGCCACGGGCUGAAGCACCUGUUCCACAGCCGGCGACGUUCCCGGGAGCGCGAGCAGCAGAGCUCCCAGGACUGUGGCACGGGGGCGAGCCGGGCCGGGGCCUGCUCCGACCACGAGUCCGCGGACGAGAAGGAGCGCUCGCCGGAGAUGCACCGCGUGUCCUACGCCGUGUCCUUGCAUGACCUCCCGGCGAGGCCCACGGCGUUCAACCGUGUCCUGCAGCAGAUCCGCGCCAGGCCCUCCAUCCGCCGGGGGGCCAGCCUGCACAGCAGCAGCCGCCGGACCAAGAGCAACCCAGCCGCCGAAGGCCCCAAAGGGGGCAGCCCCCACCUGGCACGCCGCGGGGCCCAGGAGGCAUCGCUCGGCUUGGGCCCCCAGCACAGCCGGCCCCGGUCGUCCUCCACUACUGACACUGCCCUGCUGACCAUCGACCCCACCCUGCAGUGGGGGCCCGAGGACCCCGACAGAGCUGCUGAGAAGCUGGAUAAAGUCGAGAUGAGCACGUUGGGCCUCCCCCCGUCCGCCGGCCACACGGGCUCGGACGGGAACAUCAGCGGGGACGCCCCGGACGCUCCGGACCCCCAGCGCACCCGCGCCGCCCUCCAGCACCUGCAGCAGAAGGUCCUGAAGAUCACGGAGCAGGUGCGCGUGGAGCAGGAGGCGCGCGACGAGAACGUGGCCGAGUACCUGAAGCUGGCGCACAACGCCGACAAGCAGCAGGCCGCCCGCAUCAAGCAGGUCUUCGAGAAGAAGAACCAGAAGUCGGCGCAGACCAUCGCCCACCUGCACAAGAAGCUGGAGCACUACCACAAGAAGCUGAAGGAGAUCGAGCAGCCUCAAACACACACUGUGAAUAUUACCGAAAAAUCAUAUAACGGACCCUCCCGGCAGCCCAAGGACGUUCUGAGGGACAUGCAGCAGGGCCUGAAGGACGUGCGGGCCAACGUGCGGGCGGGGAUCAGCGGCUUCGGGGGCGGGGUGGUGGAGGGGGUGAAGGGAGGGGUGUCGGCGCUCUCGCACGCGGCCGUGGUGUCCAAGCCGCGCGAGUUCGCCAGCCUGAUCCGCAACAAGUUCGGCAGCGCCGACAACAUCGCCCAGCUGAAGGACACGCUGGAGGACCCGCUCCCCGAGGACACGCCCCGGGCGCUGAGCGGCAGCGCCACCCUGGUCUCCAGCCCCAAGUACGGCAGCGAGGACGAGUGCUCCAGCGCCACCUCCGGCUCGGCCGCCGGCAGCAACUCGGGGGCGGGCGCCGCCGCCGCCGGCCUGGGGGGCCUGGCCCCGCCCGUGAGCAGCCCCAAAUCCAACGCGCUGGACGCCCACCACCACCACCUGCACGGCUCCUGGGACGUCCUCCUGGAGGAGCUGCGCCAGAUCAAGGCCGGCCAAAGCAACCUGGAGGACGACAUCGAAGACAUGAAGUCCCAGCUGCACAGCGACUAUUCCUACAUGACCCAGUGCCUCCAGGAGGAGAGAUACAGGUACGAACGCCUUGAGGAGCAGCUGAAUGACCUGACGGAGCUGCACCAGAAUGAAAUGAGCAAUCUGAAGCAGGAACUCGCUAGCAUGGAGGAGAAGGUAGCGUACCAGUCAUACGAGAGGGCCAGAGACAUCCAGGAAGCAGUGGAGUCGUGUCUCACGCGCAUCACUAAGCUGGAGCUGCAGCAGCAGCAGCAGCAGGUGGUGCAGCUGGAGGGGGUGGAGAACGCCAACGCCCGGGCGCUGCUGGGCAAGUUCAUCAACGUCAUCCUGGCGCUCAUGGCCGUGCUGCUGGUCUUCGUCUCCACGCUGGCCAACUUCAUCACGCCGCUGAUGAAGACGCGGGAGCGCGUGGCGGCCACCGUGCUCCUGGCGCUGGUGCUCUUCUGCCUGUGGAAACACUGGGACUUUGUGGAGGUGUGGCUUCUGCCCAGCUGAGCAGCUGGCCCCGCCCCUUUCCCCUCCUCGCUCCCGGUCUCGGGUGAAACGCUCGCGCUCGGGGCGCCCGACUGCACCGCCGAGGCCGGGCGGAACGCGGACCGGCGGCCUCGCCCGAGAGGGACCGGCUAGCGGGUCGCCGCGGCGGUCGGCCUGGACGGGUGUGUGCGUUCUCCUCCCUUUCGCGACGGCGUGCCUGUGAGGACCGCUCUGGCGUAAGCUUCUUUUUGUUUCGAAGACGUGUGGUUUUGUUUGUGGCCAUGACGAGCCGUUUGUUUUUUCGCCCUAUGAGAGAAACGGGAUCAGGUUUCAUUCCGUGGAAACGAAGCCUUCCUUCAAGCUGCUGCAGUAGGCGGGCAUGUUGGUGGGUCCAAGCGGAGCGAUGUUGAAGAUCGAGAUGAUGAUGAAAAUGAAGAUUGCCUGAUGUAAUGGCUUCCUUAGCUACACUUCUGUGUGUCAUCAAGGAUUUAAAAAGAAAAGCAAGUUACAUGCACCAACUCUGACGGAGCUAUAAGGUGAAAUUUAUCGUAUUUAUAAAAACAAAAUGUAUUUACAUGAAUGCACAGACAGUAAUUUAAAUGGCCAUCAAAAUAUAAAUCACCAGAAUAUGAUUAAUGUGGUUGUCAGAUUUCGUUUUUUGGAAUUUGGGAGAAUACGCUUUGUUAUCAAAGUGCCGUUUUUGUGCAGUUGGUUGGGUAAGAAACCCUUUUAAAACACGUUAUUUCACAGGGCUUUCUAUACUGCCUUUAUGUCAAUGCCUUCGGUGGUAAUAAUACACAGAGGUCAUCAUGUAGUAGGCUGCUCAUUAAAUAGGUAAUGUCCAGAAAUAAGUACGUCUAGCGUGAUGUGUGGGUCUACUAAUUACCAAGCAACCAUUGGAUUAUAUUAACCAGCAUUUAUAAUAAUAAUAAUAAUAAUAAUAAUAAUAAUAAUAAUAAUAAUAAUAAUAUUUUGUAAAAUAAAAUUAAUUAUUUAUAAUUUAUUGAACCAGUUCUUAUUAUAACUCCGUUCUUAUUGUUGUUGUUAUUAUUAUUAUUGUUAUUAUGGAUUUUAUCCUAUAAAUCACAUCAUGCUACUCCCGUAGUGUGUUAAAAUGAAGGAAAUAAAUGUACGUAAUCCAGCUCUCUUA